AUGCGGGACUCAAAAGAGAGCGAUUCCGCGCCGGAAGACACUGGGCAUGACGCGAAUGCGCAACCUGACGAUUCCAUUCUGAAGCUGUUACCACCACCUGGCGGCGCCUCUGCCUCGGGAAGCACCACUGGCCCGUCUGCAAUGGAGAGCAGCUACGUUGACGCCGUAACGAUAGAUCAUAGCCGGGCACCUGAUGUCACUAUUACGGAAGAGGCUGUACGCGAACAUUUCAAGGACCAAGAGUCGAGCUUCUUGCCCACGCUGUCUCCCAUCGCUACAAGGACAACAGCUGAGGAUGCGACUGGCGCCGACGAUACGAUAGAUACAUCUGGCAGAAAGAAGGACCAGAAUGCGGAGAAACGAGACGACGACCAUACUAGUGAUGUUGAUGUUGGAAAUACUACAUCGAGUCUUGAGAAUCUGGACUCUUCCCCUACGACUGCCGCCGCUGCAAGAACCAUUUCGAGAGCUGUUAGCAUGGCUAGUAGCGCGACAAGGGAUGGCCGUACUGCGCCUGCGGCAGCAGACGAAGAUGAUUAUAGAGACGAGACCGAACAUUCAUUUCUGUCUGGUGCAGACGACCCGUUCUUACAAUCCCAAAUAUCUGAUAAGCUUGACACGGGAAGCACACCCAGUAAUUCCUUGAGGAUUGGCAAACGGUCAAAAUAUUUGCGCAGCCGGUACGGCAGCCACCGAUCAUCGACAUCUUCGCUCAUCACGAAUCCAGAAUCACAAGACGGUAGCGAGGCCACUAUCGGCCAUGGUGUUGACUAUGCUCUGCAAUCAGGCGGCGCCGUUCCGGCGUUGGGGAUGUUACGCUCGACAAGCAACCCCUUUCAGCGUUCGAUAAGUGUUGGUAGUAUGGUGUCUGGCUUCGGUGGCGACGAUUUGAAUGAUUUGCCAAACCACCACCUGGAUACUCUUCCAGAAGUCUCGAGCCCUGACAGACCGAACCACAACGACCCCCUCAGGACCCCAAAGGCCUCACGAGAGAAUUUGAAGGCUACUGCACCUACAGAUACCGUCAUAGCUCAGCAUGUCAAGAAUGUACAAGUUCCCGAGUCGUUGGUGAAGGAAUACCGGUUUAAGAACAGCCUUCAAACGCCUCGCCGACCAUCUAACCUCACCACAAGUAUUAGCACUGACACCAUAACAAAAACCGGCAGGAACCUCACGUUGAAAGAACAGAGCAGCACUAUCGAGAGGCUGUCAAAGGAGAACUUUGAUUUAAAGCUGAAGGUCAUGUUUCUGAGCGACCGUCUGGAUAGACUCUCUGAGGAAGGCAUCAAAGAAAUGAUCUCUGAGAACGUGGAACUCAAAACUAGUCUUGCGGUGUUGCAACGUGACAACAAAAUCCUCCGGAAACGCAUCAAGGAGCUCGAGAGACAAGCCCGAGAUGAAGACAAUAGACCAAGCACGGCCUCGUCGACAGAUCAAACCUCCAAAACAAACGAUGAAGAUGCCUAUGAGAGAGAACAGGAGCUUAUAUACCUGCGCGAACGGGUUGAAGAGUAUGCUAUUGAGAUCGAGAGGCUUCGCAACGAGAGUCUUAGUCGGGAAUCGGAGAAGUUGCAGCUUGUUCAAAUGGUCAAGACGCUUGGUGAGCGAUCUGGCAGUAAUGCCGGCGUGCCUGAUGAAUCUGCGGUUUGGAGCGACUUGCUGGAACAGGAAACUGUCCGUCGAGAACAAGCAGAUGAAGACAACCGGAAACUACGGGACGAAAUUUUUCGGCUCAAGAAGGAGCUUUCUGCGCAAGGCAACAUGCAACACACCACCAAUAUUUACAAUAUUUCCAAGAAGCCUCGCGAUGGCGCGUUCUCGCCUACUCGAGCAACGUCUGGUCUAUCUGGGGAGACAAAUGUUCCCGACACGAACCUCGGCGGGGUUAACGUCUUGGUUGAUGAACUGCGGCGGGAAAGUGAACAACUGCGGCAUGAGAACGCUGAGUUGAGGCGUGAGGUUGGCGCGCAGACUUCAAUGCUUACUUCGAGGAACCGCGAGAAAGAAAGGCUCUACCAGGAGAUUGAAGAUCUCAAAAUGGCUCAGCGCCGUGGUGGUCCUGCUCCAUCCACCAUAGACAGCAUACUUGACCGCUCGGCGUCCCGUGCCGGUGGUCAUGAACGAUCACAAUCCCGGGGAAGCGGACGGACUAGGCAGACUUUGGCUGAGGAAGAAUCUGAACGCGAGGGGCUAGAAAACAAGCUGGCUGAAGUACGAGACAAACUCAGCGAAGUCAGGCUCCAGAACCAGGAAUUGCAGAGAGAACUUGAGUCUUGCAUGGUAGACUUUGAGGCUGCGGUCGAGGGCAAGCGGCAAGCGGAAGAUAACGCCAUGUCCCUGCAAGAAGAUCUUGACACGGCUAUGAACGAUCUCGUUGCUCUACAAGCUGAACGAGACGAGGCCGUUCGCGAACAGGGUGAAAUGGAGAACGAGUUUGAAGCUUUACGCCAUGAAGCCCAGGAAGAGAUCGAUGCGAUGGAGGCCGAGGCCGAUCAACGUAAUGAAGAGAUUCAGCGCGCAUAUACCGACUUGAAAGAUCGCUCAGAGAAUUUCGACGCCUUGCAGGAAGAGAUGCGAAAGAUGAGCGAGGCUCUGGUGCGGCUGGAAGAUGAACAAACCGGCAAAUUGCGUCGUAUCCAACAGCUUGAGGAAGAGUUAGACUCGUCAAAUAAGGAGCUCGAGGACUUGGAACAGAAGUUGAUGGAGGCAAACGAGAAGAACCAGCGCUUCUCGAUACAACAAGAAUCAAGCCAGGGAGAGAUUGCCUUUUUGCGCGAGGAGCAAGAGGUGGACAAGAUUCGUAUCGGGGAUCUGGAGGCGGCAAUUGCCAACGCGGAGCAAAAUCUGCGAGACGAAAAAGACAGAGCCAGGGAGUUGGAUAACCGCCUUCAACAAGAGCGCAUGCACAGAGAGAUUGUCGCCGACAAGGAAAAGGAAGAGGUCCAGCAGGUUGUGAAUGAACUCAACCGGGAGGCUUCAAAUGCCAAGGACGAAGUAAGGCGACUGCGUAAGAGUCUGUCGUCUCGGGAGGUCGAGGCUACGGAGUGGAAGGAGAGGUUGAUAGAGCUCGAGAAUAAUCUUCGAGAAGCUCUUGGUGACCUCAACGGCACCCGAUCUUCUCUUCUCAAGUCGAUUGCCAAAAUGCAACGGGAACUCGAGAACACAAUUCGCGAGCUCGAUACAACAAAGGCGUCGUUGGUCGAGAAAGAUCGCAUCAUUAAACAACGAGACGCUCUUUUGGAAUCUCAUGCUCUUGAGUCACGAAAGGUUACCGAGUUGUUGGAAAGGGAGCGCGUCGCGCACCGCAAUACAAAGGCGCAAUAUGACACAUUUCAGAGGACACAUCAGCACCUCACACAGACGGCUAGUACCCAGGAUGUCAGAAUUGCGGAGCUGGAGAGCACCAGGGGUCAGGAUCGCAGAAGGCUUGCCCAGCUUGAGCAGACUGCUCGCGAUCAGCUUACAGAGAGGAACGAGCUGCUUCUGAUGCUGUGGCACAAAUUGAGUGCUCUUUGCGGGCGGGAAUGGCUUAAUAACAAUACGCUUGUCGAUCGGCAAGUUGUCCCAUCGGUUGAAGUGAUUGCGACCCGGCUUCCCGGCUUCUCGAAAAACCUUGUUGGCGCCAUCAAGGCGAUUGAGGCUAUGUUUGGAGGGCUGCAUUCCAAGAUCAAGUCGGUGGAACGAGACUUGCAUCGAGAGUACCAGACUCUUGAGAACAAUCUUGAAGUGAGAACCAAGAAGCUGGAUCGUCUCGAGACCAUGUUGCGAAACUCGGUGGCCUCGGGAAGCCUAGCUCCUCAGGAUAUGCACAGUCGAAUGGCCCGGUUGGAGGAUGCCUAUCGCCAACUCAAGGUUGAGAAUGCGACGCUUCGGACGGCCAAUGAUGUACGAAGUCGUGCUGCCCAUGACGGCACAACAACACCUUUAGGCAGAGGUACCACUGUUAAAGGCUCACCUUCACCGGGCAUUCCACGCGGGCCGGGAGAUCGUGAUAGGAGUCGAACUUCCCAGCUGAGCCAAGACAGGAACAGCCGCUCAGGGGGGUCAUCUCGGUCCAACACUGCUUCUGGCAUACCCCGGCCAUCCUCGGGCAAUUUCACCAGCAUGGAAGUUGCCUUGCCGAGUGAGGGCGAGCCGACCAAUAAUGACAACCGCUGGCUCCUGAGACUUCGGGACAUGGAGUAUAAACUGAAGAUGGAGCGAGAAGGCCGCAACCAAGAUCGAGCAGCUGCACGGCAACGGCUCGGCGGAUUGGAAUUGGAGAAUAGAGAUCUCAGAGAGAGAGUAAGGAGGACAAACACAGACACUGAGUAG